UGUGUAGAGCGCGCGCGCGUUUUCAGCAGGACUGCUACGACGACGACCGUUCACGCCCGCCCGCCCGCUUUAUUAUUCGUCAGACGGUGCAGUAGUCUUAGUAGGCUGCUAGUGGCAAGGCGUUUGCAAGGCUCGUUUGGUUUAAUCAUCGCAGUGUUCCAUUAGUGAUCCAUAGAGCAAACCGACAGCAGCUGAGCUGAUCAACGGCAUUAUUCAAAACGGUAGAGCACCGCAGGAAGUUAAAUCCCUGUAUUGAAGCAGUGUGACAAUCAUCCUAAUCAUAGGGAUGAAGCAAUUAGCUGGAUUGAUCCUGUGUCUGGGAUUAGCAGCAUUCUGCAAUGCCUUGGGUGAUCCACAAUGUCCCGAACCAAUCGGCGAGCAAGCCUACCUGCACCCGGAACAUUGUGACCAGUUCUUCCUCUGCACGAAUGGCACUUUAACUCUGGAGACCUGCGAGAACGGACUUUUGUUCGACGGAAAGGGCGCCGUUCACAAUCACUGCAACUACAAUUGGGCCGUAGACUGUGGAAACCGCAAGUUUGUCACUGAUCAAAACCCAAUCUCUACACCCGGUUGUGAAUACUUGUUCGGAAUCUACCCGGACAGCAACUCAUGCUCAACCACUUACAACAAGUGUGCCUACGGUGAACCACACCCGGAACACUGCGAAGCUGGACUAGUGUACGAUCACCGAAUCCACGGAUGCCAAUGGCCCGACCAGUUGCUGGAAGCUUGCAACCCCGAAGCAGUCAUAGGUUUCAAGUGCCCAGACUCAGUCCCGUCCAAUUCCAUCAACCACCGAUUCUGGCCCUACCCGAGAUUCCCAGUGCCCGGCGAUUGCCACCGUCUGAUCACUUGCGUUGACGGCCACCCACGAUUGAUCACCUGCGGUGAUGGAAAGGUCUUUAAUGAGGAGUCGCUGACUUGUGAAGAUCCAGAAGAUGCUCCAUAUGCUUGCCGUCAUUAGAUUCACAUUCUUUCUGUUCUGUCUCUCAAACAUUUUCCAGAUAUUUAUUGAUGUUGUAAAAAGUAAUGUUUAUAGCCUUCAUUUCUCUUCAUAUUCUAAUUUCUUGCCCAAUUCCGUUUGUAUGUCCUUACUAUCACAGCAUGGGCGUGUUACCACAACGAAAGUUCCAUAAUCGUUCUCAAUGGAUGAAAAACAUUUAGUUGGAUUGAAAAUAAAGCACAAAUUUUAA